GGACUCGAUGUUACCGACUUUCCUUAUUUGCGGUUAUUCAAGGUUAAACGAUGCAAAGAAGUUUGCUGAACUUCUUUUCAUGUUCUCCAAGGCCUUUAGUUGACUCUUCAAAUACAAUAUGUUCAGAAAAAUCCAAGUCUACAAAACUAGUGAACAAGGUGUCUAAGUGCGUUGAAUUAUCAGAUGGGAAUCACAGAGAGGUAAACCCUACUUCUGCAAGAUUGUUUAUUGAAAUAUAUGCACUUCUUGUCUCAGAACCUCACUUCGUCUGCCACUAAACGACGACGGGUUAUCUUUGAGUCCAGUGAUGAAGAUGAAAGUGAAACUUCCUUCCCGUCAGAAGGAAAGAUAGCUCCUACCAAACAUGAUUUAUCAAGUUAUUCUCACUCUCCUCAAGUAGCUGAAAGAUGCAGUGUAAAGACAGAUGAGUUCAUGGACAUAUCAGAGACGAGUGGAGCUGCAGAAGUCAAUGAAUCUUUCUUUGAUGGUGAUUGUGUGUCGUGGACCCACUUGUCCCUUCCUUUUUUGGAUCCCACUCAGAUCAAAGAUAUCAAUGGUAGAAAGCCCGACCACUCUAAUUAUGAUCCCUGUACAUUAUAUGUCCCAGAGGAGUUCAAGGCCAAACAAACUCCUGGCAUGCGCCAGUGGUGGGAAAUGAAGUCACGAUACGCCGAUGUUAUCCUAUUCUUUAAAGUUGGUAAAUUCUAUGAGAUGUAUCACAUGGAUGCUAUGAUCGGCGUUAAGGAGCUCGGGUUGGUGUUUAUGAAGGGCAACUUCGCUCAUUGUGGAUUUCCUGAAGUCGCUUUUCCACGUAUGGCUGACCAGCUUGUUCACAAAGUGGGUUCUUCAUGCCUUUUUAAUCGAAUUAAUCCAAGGGUUAUAAAAUUGCUCGUGUUGAACAAACAGAAUCAGUUGAUGCUAUGGCUGAAAGAUGUCGAGGUAAAUCUUCAAAUGAAAAAGUUGUGCGAAGAGAAAUAUGUCAGCUUAUUACACCUGGGACAUGUACAGCUAGUACGCGUUCGGAGAUAUCUGAUGUGAGAUCUCCCACAGUGGAUGGGGAGACCCAGGAUGAUAGCUCUAAGAAUUCGAUGGACUCCAUUUAUCCGGAUUCAUAUUUACUUGCACUGGUGGAAUUAGAGAAUAGUGGAAAUAGUUCUUUUGUCUUUGGGAUAGGUUUACUUAAUGCAUCCACCGGAAAGAUCAGUAUUGGUCAGUUCCUUGAUGAUCGUCAUUGUUCCAAGUUGCGAACGUUCUUAUCUCACCAUCCCCCUAGUCAGUUACUUAUCGAACGUGGAGCUACGGGAAGUGCUGUAAAGUCUUUAACGAAAACCUCCCUGCUGUGCGUUCCAACUGAAUUUCUCAUUCCAGGAAAACAGUUUUGGAGUGCAAAGAACACCAUCGAAGAGUUAGAAAAAGCCGAUUAUUUCCUGAAACGAAAAUCUGAUGUUGACAAUAGUGCAAACGAACUGCCUAACUCGUCAUCGUUUCCGGAAAAAGAAAAUUGGCCAAACGUUCUUUUAAACAUGUUGUCUCAAGAUGAUCCGCUGGGAAGAACAGUCAAAUCCGAAUGGGAAUUAGCUUUUCGGUGUCUUGGUGCUCUUGUAUAUUACUUGCGUUACUGCCUUAUUGACCGCGAAGUUAUGUCGUUGGGUUUUAUUGAUUUAUAUGUACCGUCAGAUAUAAAAGAUGAUAUUUUCCAAGGAAGUGCAGACUCUACAGAACACUUUUAUGCGAAACAAUCUUGGAUGGUUUUGGAUAGCAUAACGUUGUCCAACUUGGAUAUUGUGCGCAAUAAUGUGGAUGGUUCACAGGAAGGGACUUUAUUGCAGCGUCUCAAUACGUGUUGUACUUUCUUUGGACGUCGUCUGCUGCACCAAUGGAUAACUGCCCCACCAUGUAAUCCGAGCAUUAUCAGACAAAGGCAAAUGUCCAUCAAAAAUCUUAUUUCUAUUAGUGAUAUAUUUCCUAAACUUCGUGAAAAUUUAAGCCAGUUACCUGAUUUGGAGCGCCUAAUUAUGAAAAUUCACUUGCUAGGUUCUAAAGGUGAUAAAAAUCAUCCAGAUAGCCGAGCAAUCAUAUUUGAAGAGGUCCAGUAUUCAAAGAAGAAUAUCACCGAUUUUGUAGCCACUUUGGAUGGAUUUGAAUUAGGUUGCAAAAUAAUUAAUGAAGUUAAUCGUUCUGAAUUGAGUUCCACACAUCUAAAGAAUUUGGUUACUUUCACCAAUUUGGGAGGUAAUUUUCCCAAUAUUAUGGAAAAGAUAAAGUAUUUCAAAAGUGCUUUCGAUGCUGAUAAAGCUAAACGUGAGGGACGAAUAAUUCCAGAGCCUGGAAUCGAUCCUGAUUAUGAUGCAUCCUUAUCGAAAAUUAAGACUAUAAUUGAAGAUAUGGACGGAUUUCUCAUGCACUGGUGCAAGAAAAUUGGUACUAGACUUGUAUAUUGGGGGACUGGUCGCAAUCGUUAUCAGAUUGAAGUUCCAGAAUCUUUUGCAUCUCGUGUUCCGAAUUCUUGGCAAUUAGCUUCACAAAGAAAAGGUGUUAAGCGUUACAGAUGCUCUGAAACACAAGAAUGGCUAAGUGAAUUGUUUGCUGCUGAGGAAUGCAAAGAUGCUAGUCUUCGAUCAAUCAUGCGACACAUAUUUUCAAUGUUUAGCGAGUCAUUUACCAAAUGGCAUGCAGCAAUGACUUGUUUGGCUGAAUUAGAUUGUUUAAUUGCUCUGUCACUGUACAGCACAAAUGCUUUUGAUGUCAUGUGUCUUCCUGAAUUCAUCGAUUUAAGUCCAUCCAUAAAGCCAUUGAUUCAGAUAGUUGACGGGAUUCAUCCAUGCCUAGUAAAUACAUUCUCAGGUGGAGACAUUAUUCCCAAUGAUAUAAAACUCGGUGGCAUGUCAUCAGUGAUCAAUUCAGAGAAUGCUGAGAUGCAGAAAUAUACACUGAAUAGUGUGUUCAAUAAUGCCUCCGUAGUUCUUGUUACUGGUCCUAAUAUGGGUGGUAAAUCGACUUUGAUGAGACAAGCAGCUUUACUGGUCAUUCUAGCUCAUUUGGGUUGUCGCAUUCCAGCCAAGUCCUGCAGACUAACACCUGUUGACCGUAUCUUUUCACGCCUCGGUGCUAGUGACAAAAUGCUUUCCGGCGAAAGUACCUUUAUGGUGGAACUAUCAGAGACAGCCGCUAUUCUACGUCACAUCACUCCGCACAGUCUUGUUCUGAUGGAUGAGUUAGGACGGGGCACUUCAACACAUGAUGGGGCAGCCUUAGCAGGAGCAGUUCUUUCUUACUUAGCCAAACCACUUGGAAACUUCAACAAUGGUUAUGGGCCUAGAACUCUGUUUUCAACACAUUAUCAUAGUUUAGUGGAUCAAUAUGUUAGUCUGAACCGAUCUCCUCUGAAUGAAGAUGUUAACCAGUUACGUAUUGGUUUAGGACAUAUGGCGUGUAUGGUUGAAGAACAGUCAGAGUCAGAGUCUGGUUUGGAAAAUAUCACUUUCUUAUACAAAUUUAUUCCCGGUGCUUGUCCGAAAAGUUACGGUUUCAACGCAGCUCGAUUGGCUCUACUUCCUGACGAGGUUACUCGAUUGGGUUUAAUGAAAGCUAAAGAGUUCGAGAAAACCACUGCAACUUUUGCAUGUCUUAGAACACUAUUGCAAGGGCAAAUGACGAUAGAUGACUUACGGCAUUGGCAUUUUAAAUUGAAGACUUUUUAUGACAGAGUUGAGUUUAUUUAGAUUUUCAGAUUCUGCAUUUCAUUCUUAAACAUCGAUAAAUCCAUACUUGUUG